AUGAAAGAAGAUUCUCCACUCGAGCUUGAUAAACUUGCAGCAGGAAAUCCUUUGGAUAAUAUUCAAGAAUUUGAAUUUGUCUUUAUUUUGCAUUUGAUGUUCAAGAUGUUGCUUUUUAAAAAUGAAUUGAGCAGACCUUUAGAAAAGAAAGAUCAAGAUAUCAUCAAUGCUAUGGAGUUGCUUAAUCUUGCAAAGAUAAGAUUGCAAAAAAUGAGAGAAAGUGAAUUGGAGUCUAUGAUGGAUGAGGUUUAUUCAUUUUGUGGCAAACAUGAUACUUUGAUUCCCAAAAUGGCUGAUGAUUAUCCAAGGUUGAAGCAUAAGAGGUCCGAAGUUUCAUAUUUAAAUCACUUUCAUGUGGAAGUAUUUUAUGCGGUUAUUGAUUUGCAACUUCAGGAGCUCAAUAAUCGUUUUGAUGUUGCGACUAGUGACUCACUCCUUGGUAUGGCUAGUUUGAAUCCCGUUGAUUCAUUUCCUAAUUUUGAGAAGAAUAGGAUAAUGAAGUUGGUCGGGUAUUACAAAAGUGAGUUUGGUGAUAACCAACUUCGAGAUCUCAGUUACCAGCUUGAUAGUUUCAUUGUCUAUGCUCUACAGCGUGAUAGCAACUUUCUCAACUUGAAAGCGAUUAAGGAUCUUGAUAUUGUGAUGGCAAAAACAAAAUUGGAUCAAACUUGGUCUCUUGUUUAUUUACUUGUGAAGCUAACACUGAUUUUACCUGUUACUACUGCAAGUGUGGAAAGAGCAUUCUCCUCAACGAAACUCAUAAAAAAUGAUCUAUGCAAUAACAUUGGUGAAGAAUUUCUGAAUGGUUGUUUAGUUUGUAAGAUAGAGCAUAAGCUAUUUGCAACUAUAAGCAAUGAUGCUAUUAUGGAUCGUUUUCAAAGGAUGAAGCCUCGUCGAGUACAAUUGUAA